UCUGAUUUUCCCACGUGUUUCUUCCAGCUGGGGACUGUGUGCUAAUGAGAUCAGCUGAUACAUCAAAGCCACCAUAUGUGGCAAAAGUUGAGUCCAUUGAGGCAGCAGGGUCUCGAGGCACAAAUGUGAGAGUACGGGUUCGAUGGUACUAUCGUCCAGAAGAAUCCAUUGGUGGGAGGCGACCAUUUCAUGGUUCCAAAGAGGUAUUCCUCUCUGACCACUAUGAUGUACAGAGUGCUGACACAAUAGAGGGAAAAUGCAAUGUCCACAGCUUCCGUAGCUACACAAAGCUUGAUUCUGUGAAUGCCGAGGACUUCUUCUGUCGCUUUGACUACAAAUCAGCAUCUGGCAGUUUCGUGCCCGACCGUAUAGCUGUGUUUUGCAAGUGUGAGAUGCCGUACAAUCCUGAUGACCUUAUGAUCCAAUGUGAGGAAUGCUCUGACUGGUUUCACCCUUCUUGUAUUGGAAUGACCAUUAAAGAAGCAAAGAAACGAGAACACUUUUUCUGCCAGAGCUGUACUGCUGAAAAUGGGAAGACAACUGAGAAUUUUCAUGAAGCCACGGCAGAGUCAGAAGAAAAGCUGGUGGAGUCGAAAAGGCGGAGAAGGUGAUGGGCUGGAUUAAUUUGAUGGAAUUCCCACACGGAUAUACAAACUACAUAGCCUUCUAGUAUGAGGUCUGUGGUGUUGUUUGUGGCAGUCUGUGACCCCUUCUAAUGUCAGGCAUGCAGUGUACAUAACGUGCAACCUGAGAUUGUUGUAUUAGGAGAAAAUAGAAUUUGGACGCUAGUGUCAGAGUUUGAGCAGUAUGGCACCAUCAAGAUCCCUUGUGAUCUUCCCUCAAAAAAAAAAAGAUCCCUUGUGAUCCAUUCUGCAAUGGGGCCUGAACAGCCUUUUACGUUUGUGAGAGUCGAAUCUUGUGUUGCCAUGUGGAAUGUUUGUCUUUGUUUCAGAGCAACUCGUGGUGCAGUAUCUGUGUAGAAGGGGAUCUGAUUUUUAGCAUUUGAUUUAGCUGUGUAAUUUUUAUAGAACUAUUGUUGCUUAAGAUCGUUAAUAAAGCUGGAAAAAUUGGUCUCA